AGAAAACAAACAAAAAAAAUAUCAAAACUUCUGCUCUCUCUUGCAAGAACUCACAAGCCGCCGUGACAUCGCCAGCCCCCCCGUGAGUAUCUUUGUGCGUGUCUCUCUCUCUAAACUGCCCCCGCCAGCUACCUCACCAUCGCCGCCGUUAUCCGUCGAAAAGCCCCUAUGUCGCCAGCUAGUUGCGGGUUAUUCUAAGGGUUUGAUGGAAUUGAAGCUUUGAUCACACUUGUAAAUAUCCAAGUCUUUUUGAGACACUUUGAGCAAAGUGGAAGAAUUCAAGCUUGUGAUUCGGUUUCUUUUGGAAAAGGAAAAAAAAAAAAGCUAGUGAAACACUUCUUUUUGAUAUGAUAGCUUAGAAAGUUGAAGACUAUCCAUUGAAAUAUCAGGAUGGGGGAGAAAGUCAUCAAUGUUAAUGGUAAGGACAGAUCAAUUCCCAGAAAUCUUAAUGUGCACAAGUUUGUGGACCCUCGAGCAACUGAGCUAGAAGCUCUUCAAUCCAUCGUUUUGAAUCGAAUGAGUAGUGAUAUUUGUGAUCAAAGAUCAAAGCGGAGAAGAACUUCGUCUUAUUUAAAUAAUGCUUCAAGGAAAAGGAAAAAUAAGAAAGGGAAAUUGGAUAGCACCAAUCUGAAUUUAGAGAAAGAUGACAAGAAGGCUUCUCGAAGAAAACGUCGCCGAGUUGAGCUUAAAAUGAAUCGUGGAAUUGGAUUUUCUACUUCUGGGGAUGGUACCAAAAGACUCAGAACUCAUGUCUGGCAUGCUAAGCGUUUCACUAUGACUAAGCUUUGGGGUUUUCACCUUCCGUUGGGGUUGCAAGGCAGAGGUAAGGGUUCUAGGGCUCUUUUGAAAUGGUACAAUGAUGGAGUGCUUAUACAUGAUGCUAGUUAUUACGUUCCAAUCCAGUUGGAGGGUCCAGAGGAGUCUCUCAUAUCGGCUCUGAGAACGGUGUUGGUACCUUCCAUAUUAUCUUAUUCUCAAGACAUUUCCCAUGCAAUUAUUUCCGGUGACAUAUAUGGUAGAGCAAUUCUUCAUGAUGUCAGAGCCACAGCUACUAAUGCAAUUGCUCCUGUAACAUAUAUGUGGCGGCCUCGUAAUACUGUUUUUAAGGCAAUAGAUGGCGCAAAUAUGUCUUCUACUAAACGCCAACUUUGGGUUUGGCUGCAUGCUUCUACCGCUAGUGAAGGAUAUGAUGCUCUAAAAUUUGCUUGCCAAAAAGAGAUGGAUGAGAGAAAUACUCCCAUUGAUUGUUCUUCGUUAGAAGGCCAGCUUGCAAAAUUGGAAGUGUUUGGCUCUAAUGCAUCCCAGCUACUUGAAAAUCUUUUGCAUCCUAUUUCACGUGCUUCACGGAAUCUUUGGCAGUUAAAGAAGCACCCCAUCGGGGGUCUGGAAGGUAAUUCUCAUUUGAAAAUAUUCUCCAAUCAUGAAAAUGAGAAUUACAUUCCAUCUCAUGGAAUUGCAUCCGUCACAUUUAAGGAUCCCCGAAUGCUACCAAAUGAAAAGAUUGCAGACGUUCAAGAUUCAACUUCAAUGCAGAACCCUGCUGAUUCCUUAGCUACAGAUUCCAGAGAUCUAGAAAUUUCAAGAAGUAAUGAAAUCUUAUCAUCUUCUUCAUUUGCAACAAUCUAUGAAAACGGUCUUUUACAUGAGAACAAGGAAUUGUGGGAUGCCACCAGUGGAAUGAGGGCCCCUGUGGAAGAUAUUGUUAUUUGUGCAACAAGACAUCGUACGCGGAUGAAUCACUUUUGCCUUGAUGAACCACCUGCAGAGAUGGCGAAAGAUCUGAACCCAUUGCAAUGCUCGAGCUCUUGCCCCACGUUGCUUCUAAAUGAGAAUGACGAAAGCAGUACUCUUGUAAGAUGGUCAAUCAUAUUGCCUAUAAGUUGGGUUAAGGCAUUUUGGAUCCCUUUUAUAUGUAGGGGGGCUCGUGCAAUUGGUUUGAGAGAGAGACACUGGAUUGCAUGUGAAGUGGGAUUGCCAUCCUUUCCUUGGGACUUUCCUGAUUUUGCCGCUUACUCACAAUUCUUCAUGCCAAAAGAAGCCACCGCAGUUGAUAACAAAGUCGAAUGUUCUACUUCUUCCUGUUCAAGAUCUUUAAAGGUACCUGUUCCUCCCCCAUGGAAUAGUGUCCAGAUGACUCUUUGCAAGGGACCAGAUGAGGUGGAAAAAAAUGGAGCUUGUACUGAGAAGAUUAUGAUCCCCGCGGAUACUUCAUCAAUUGUUUAUGAUGCAAAUUGUGAAACUGCAGUAGUUGGUGUUCACGAUCAGAUAUUUUUUGACGGAAUUGUGGCUCGAACAUCCUCCUCAUUGUUUGAAUAUUUGAGCGAAAUAAAACUUGAGCAUUUGCCUCUAUUUCCUCAAGGACGAGAAAAGAAGGCAAGAAUUCUUGAGUUUCUGAACAAAAGCACGCUAGAUCAAUGCAAAAGUAAUAUCAACCAAUUUUGUUAUACUGGCAAAUCAUGUUUCCUUAGAGUUAUUCUCCGUGCUUAUAAGAAAGGUGCAUUUGAAGAGGGAGCUGUUAUUUGUGCUCCCAAGUCAGCUGAUCUAUCUUUGUGGACUUCAAGGUCCGUAGAUGAAGAAAGAGCACUCCAAAUUCCCGAAUCUGCUGUAAAGCACUACUUCAAACUCAAAAAGCAGUCACCCUCAAUGUGGGAACUACAACUUCCAGAAGAUGACGUUGCUGAGGAAUAUCACAGGUGGCCCAUCGGCUUUGUUACCACCGGAUUCGUCCAUGGAAGCAAGAAGCCUGUUGCAGAAGGUCUUUGUGAAGCAACCUUACUAGCUCGUCUUCGAGUGCAACAGUGGGAUGGUAUGUUUGCGAAGAAGAAGAAGGAAAAGAUAUACGUGCUUGUUAGGAACUUGAGAUCUUCAGCAUACCGAGUUGCUCUUGCUACUGUUGUCCUUGAACAGCGGGAAGAUGAUUUAGAAUUUAUGUAACUUAAAGAUCUCUAACUUAAGGCUAUGAGAAGCCAGCAGUUUUGAGCCUCUUUACAGUGUAGAAUUUAGGCCUCACUUGAUUUAUUUUCCGUCUUUUUGGCUAAUGUAUUGAGUCUACGAGGGGGAGCAUGCAGAAUGCGGCUAUAGUCAAACAUUGUUUGUUUUGGGACGAAUUUCAUUUUAUAUACAUGGUGUAGGGAAUUAAUUUUAAUUUUAUAUAACAAAGGUUGAAUAAA